AUGGGACGAGGGCGGCCGCCAAAAAAAUCGGUGCCUCCACCACCAUUAUCUCCGGUGGUCUCUACUCCGGUAACUCAAUCGAACUCGCGAAGCCACAAUGUUAGCAAGAAUCUCAGCACAACAGAAAUUGUGGGAAUCAAAGACCUUGGAGAAACCUCAGAUGCUCGGGAAGACGGAAGUAUUGAGGAAAAGCGCAAAGAAGUAGACCUGGAAAAACCUAAUCAAACUGCAACUCCUGAAGAAGGGCGGAAGCUAUGGGCUGAUGUGUUAAAGGAUAAUAGGAAUCCGGCGAAAGGUCGUGCUAUGAAGUUCAUACCCCCUCAAGUCGUGGAUGGGAAAAUAGAGGUUCUAAUUGAAGAAGAUGAUGUCAGUUCUGAAGUCUAG